ACUAUGGAAGCCAGCUGCCGUUGAACCUCAAAGAAGAAGAAGAGGAAAACCCUCAUUCACAUCCUUACUCUGACUACUAACCGGGCUGUUCGGCUGUAUUUCGUUGUGAAUCGCCUCUCUAUCACAAACUGAAACGCUUAGCACGGCAAUUUGAGUAACGCACCUUACAUUUCGGCUAACCGAUGAUAGCUAGCUGCUAGUUAGCUGAGAAGCUAACGUUACUAGCCAUGUAUUGAUUGAACAGACUAGUGAGGCCUGCUUGAUCAUCGGUCCUUUACUGUGGAGGCUCCACCGAAGACGAGCACAACAACAUUUACCUGGUUUUCCUCAGCAAGUGAACAGCUGCCUUUUGUGCUACGUGGUUUUCUCAGAUUCAAAGACAGAGAUGGAGGCUCCUCCUGUUACUGUGAUGCCUGUCACCGGGGGAACAAUCAAUAUGAUGGAGUACCUGUUGCAAGGCAGUGUGUUAGACCAGGCCCUGGAAAGUCUCUUGCAUCGACUUCGAGGUCUGUGUGACAACAUGGAACCUGAGACCUUUACAGAUCAUGAACUGGUUUAUCUUCUGAAAGGUCAACAAGGCAACCCUUUCAUUCUGCGUGCCCGCCGCUCCCUCUCCCACCCCACGGCUCCAUGGCAUCUACGCUACCUCGGCCAACCUGAAGUGGGAGACAAGAGCCGCCACGCCCUGGUGCGCAACUGUGUUGACGUGGCUGCCUCUCACAGCCUGCCAGAGUUCCUCAAUGAGAUGGGCUUCCGCAUGGACCACGAGUUUGUUGCCAAUGGACAUAUAUUCCGCAAAGGUGCAAUGAAAAUUGUGGUUACCAAACUGUCUCGUAUCCUGGUACCAGGGAACACGGAGAACACAGAACGUCUAUCUCUUUCAUACUUAGUGGAGCUGAGUGUGUUGGCUCCCGCUGGCCAGGACACUGUGUCAGAGGAUAUGCGUAGCUUUGCUGAGCAACUCAAACCCCUGGUUCACCUGGAGAAGAUUGACCCCAGCAAACAGAGACAUUGAAUGACAUAAUUCAGAGGGUGAAGUUCCCUCUGGCUACCAUGGACACAUUAGAUCUCUUGUUUGUUUUGUAUUUUUGUUUUUUUACAAUAUUCUCGUGUUAUCUAAAAUGAAAUACAGAACAACUUUGACUUAAGAGUUA